AUGGGUGGAAGCUCCCCGUGCGCCUCCUGUAAGCUCCUGCGGCGUCGCUGCACCAAGGGUUGCAUCUUCGCUCCUUUCUUCCCUGCUGAUGAACCCCACAAGUUCGCGAUAGUUCAUAAGGUCUUCGGCGCCAGCAAUGUCAGCAAGAUGCUGCAGGUAUCUCUCCCUCCAACUCCCUACUUCCCACUUCAUCGCCAAGGCUCUCUCUCUCUCUCUCUCGCUCGCUCUCGCUCUUCUCCAUCUCGGAAACCGAUUUUACAGUUUCCAGUGACAAUCUACGUCAUAUGGAGAUUUCUGGGCUCAUUCACGCAGUCAGAAUCGUUGCGAAACCCUUUCCAAACUGCAUCUGAAGCUAUCUAUCAUCGGUUUCCCUCUCUUCUCGAGCUCCUGUUCUCGCUCAUAUUAUGUAGCCGUGCAUGCACCGGCUGAUCACACUCGGUUAUGCAGGAGAUUCCGUUCCAUCAGAGAGCAGACGCGGCGAGCAGUCUCGUGUACGAAGCGAGCGCGAGGAUGAGGGAUCCCGUCUACGGCUGCGUGGGGGCGAUAUCCUACCUCCAGAACCAGGUCUCGCAGCUGCAGAUGCAGCUUGCCAUAGCCCAGGCGGAGAUCCUCUGCAUGCAGAUGCAGCAAGGGGGGGCCUUGCCCUCCUCCCAACGCCCCAACACGGACGAGAAGCCGUCACCCUUCGCCAAUAAUAGCCACCUCGCGAGCCUCACCCGCCUCAUGAACUUCGCCUCUUCCGGCGCUGUAACUCAGGAGCCCCUCCAGAGGGAGUAUAUCCGAGCAUAG